AUGUGGCAACAACGUUCUCGAGUCACUUGGCUUAAAAAAGGUGACCAAAAUACUAGAUUCUUCCACGAGAAGGCUAAUCCAGGGGGCGAAAUAAUACCAUUCAAGGGCUCUUUGAUGAGAGUAAUGUGUGACGGUGGUCAAAAUAUGGAACGGGUUCUGGCAACUAUAACUCCUUGUGUUACAACGAAUAUGAACAAAAUCCUUCUACGUCCUUUUAAUCGUUUGGAGUUGGAGCAAGCCCUUGGUCAGAUGUAUCCAACCAAGGCCCCUGGAAUUGACGGGAUGCCUGCCUUAUUUUAUCAACACUACUGGCAUAUAGUGGGUGAUUCAGUCAGUGAUGCAUGUCGCAUUUUAAAUGGGGAAGGUAGUGUGCGAGAUUUUAAUCACACCUUAAUUGCUUUGAUCCCGAAAAUAACCCAACCUACUCGAGUCACCGAUUUUCGGCCCAUAAGUUUGUGUACAGUCCUUUACAAGAUGGUUGUUAAGUCUUUUGCUAAUCGAUUAAAGAUGAUUUUACCGGAGUCUCUUUCUCGGUGCUAUGGCAAGGAAAUCCUCUUGGACAUAUUGUCCCGCAUUGAGGCAUUAGACAAGGAUGCCCUUUAUCCCCAGGGAUUUACAGGUCUCAUUCAACAAGCUAAGCAAUUGGGACGUAUCAGAGGAGGGAAAGUGGCAGCUGAAGCCCCAGUAGUGUCUCAUCUUUUCUUUGCCGAUGACUCCCUGAUUUUCCUAGAGGCCAAAAGGGAAGUGUUUGAAGAGGUUAAAGGAAUUUUUGCUACCUACAAAAAAGCUUCGGGCCAGAAGAUAAAUCUUGACAAAUCUGCAGUGUCUUUUAGCUCAAAUGUAACAGCGGAAAUUAUUAAUGCAGCAAGGAACAUACUGCAAGUGCCUGUUGUGGCUUGCCACGAGCGAUACCUUGGGCUGCCAACGGUGGUUGGGAGGAAUCGGCGUUCUUUAUUUCUUACAAUUCAGGAGCGGGUUAAGCGGAAGGUUCAAGGUUGGAAGGAAAAAAAUUUAUCUAAUGCUAGCUAG